GCUAUACUACAUCUAUCCUGAUAGAUUUCUAUUGUAUUUUAUCCCACUUUAUUCAACGCCAAAGCCUUCGAGUAUGCACAGUACGGGCAGUAUUAAUAAUAAUAUGUAGAAGGGUACACAGUUCCCCAAAAGAAAAUAUGUCCAAGGAAGUUCACUCCUUUUUAGAACCGCUAGGUGCGUCUUCUUUCGUCUCCUGCUUAGCGGAAGCGUACUUCUGUUGUUUCUCUCUUACAUACCGCCAUCCUUUUCCAAGGCCAGCGGUGAAUAGGCUCUUUACGCUCUGGCUCAUACUCGGCCACGCUAUUGUCUUCCUGAUCGAUUUAGUUGCUUCGUCUUUGAGAUGUUCGUCGGCAGCAAUUCUUUGCUCGAAUGUGCCUCCUACUCGACGAUGAACUCGUUCUGGGUCUUCGUCGUUAUUUUUCUCCAUCAUGUUAUCAAAUUCCACUCUCGGAAUUUGGUAUCUUGACUGGAAUUGGAAGUAAAGCUUCUCGCGGAAGGACUGGGGUAGUCUCCGAACCAUAUUUCCUCGUUUUAACGGAUCCAUAUCUUGGGCUAGCCGAGCGUCGACCUCUGGGUUAUCUACCCAAUCUAGGCUGCUGCAUUGCGGGUCAUUGAAAGCAACAUUUGGCAAUGUUUCGAUCAAGGUGCUAUACAGCUGUUGCUCGGUAAAUGUCGGUGGUAGUAAUAGCAAUGCCACGCGGACGGCUGAAAGAAGGUUCACUUGGUUCGCAAGACGGACUUUCGGGUGGUCCCUAAGGAUUUUCACCGGCUUCUGAAGUCGUCCCGCAAGGUAAAGGUUCCAUUCACGGUGACAUAGGGAUUGAAGUAAACGCCGGCUCCCCAUCUUUCCUGGAUCUGGGAAACAAUAUAUGAGCCUAGCGAUCCUAGACCAGAAUAGUGGUCACGAUGUUGGUUCAAGUUGAGCGCGUGCCAAUGUUGGCUGUAAGAGACCCCAAAUAUAAAAUCAAUCAUCUUUCCACUGUUCCCCUGGCCUGUUUGAAUGGCUUGUGGAGCGGCCGGAUGGGAACUUUCGGCUGGAAAGGCAGAUCUGUUAGACUGCGGAAAUACACCUGAACCGUAGGCGAACGCAUAUCGGAUUGGAGCUUUGAAUUGCCACAAAAUCUGUCGUAGGGCCUCUUUAAACUCCUCAUUGAUAAUCAUGUGUUGAUUCACUCCAAAGUUUUUUGAAGGUAGCUCCGAAAAUGUCGAGAUGGUGAAGUCCGGAUUGUCGUACCACUGCGUGCCUGACUCGGAUGAUGGAAUCGAUUGUCCGGAGUUUGAUGCGGCCGGAGAAGCAUCCGAUCGAGAAUUUACAUUUUUAUGGCCGGCAAUAUUGAAUCCAGGAGGAGGCCCGCUAUCCCGAUGCUGCGGGCCAGGAGAUGGCUCGGUGGAGAGGAGCCGGUAACAUCUGGGGCUGUUCUUGGGAAAAGACGGAAGAGGUGGGAUGAAGAUGUGAAGAUGAGACGACGCCGCUAGUCGUGACCGUAUCGGGGAGAACUAAUAAUGAGCAGUUGAAGAGUUAGUUUUUGUAAUAUUAACAAUUCUAAAGGUGUUCUGGUGGGGGACUGGUUUGUACCGGAAGAUGGGAUGUGGCCAUGUUGGAGGGACUAUGGGGGACAGCAGAAGCUGCAACAGGUCAAGCUAAGAGGUACCAUGGGUCUUCAAACAACCUCACCAAGCCCUGGUUGAUACAACAAGGGGAAUAUAAAAACUGCCAAAGAGGGCUGUGAUACGAUUUCGUCCAUGAAGGAGAACGGGAAACCGGCGGACUAAAAUGCCUCUGGGUUUCGGCCGACGUCAACGCUCGCUGAUAUAAUCAAGCGGGUCACAUGACCAGUCAUCAUCACCUGACCAGACCGCGUCGGCGCGACAAAACAACAUCCCAAACAAAUCAUUGAGCAGGUGAGUAAACAAACCAGCUCCGAGCCAGAUUGCGGCCCCAACAUCGCCAUUUACAAACUCUAGAUAGAUCAAUCUCGAAUAUAAUUGAAUACCCCCAUGUUUACCUAAUUGAAAGGCAAAUAAAUUUCGCUAUGAUUGCAAUCGGCAUGGAGACUGUCGCUGCCCGGCUUGCCACCUUUUAUUCUUCUGCACCAAAAGGUAAAAGAACAUCAAAUACAAAGGCUACAACGCACAUUAGCUGGCCUCAUGAUAGACCAUCGCCUGAAGAGCUUGCACAUGCCGGAUUUUACUUUAAGCCCACUCCUCUUAGCCCGGAUAAUGCUGCUUGUUUCCUUUGCGAGAGAGCCCUAGAUGGUUGGGAAGAGGACGACGACCCGGUUACUGAGCACCUGAGACACUCGAGCGAAUGUGGAUGGGCAAUUAUGAUGGAUAUUGUACGCCGAUCUUCGAACCCAGCAGAAAUAGAAGACCCUACAAACGCCAGAAUCGCCGAGGCAAGGAGAGCAACUUUUGCGUCUAUGUGGCCUCACGAUGGGAAAAGGGGUUGGGUAUGCAAAACGGAAAAGAUGGUCGAAGCAGGCUGGUAUUACUGCGCCCAUGAAGAGAGUGAGGAUUUUGUAAGCUGCGCUUAUUGCAAUCUGUCACUGGAUGGCUGGGAGCCAAAAGAUGAUCCUUUUGAGGAGCAUUAUCGCAGAUCUUCAGAUUGUUCAUUUUUUCAUUUUGCACUGAGUAAUCCGGCAAAACCAACCCGUGGAAAGAAGACUCGAUCAUCAAAAGCAUCGCGCCUAUCAACACAAUCCGUCGCUACAACCGUAUCUGAAGCUCCUGAGGCUGAUUUUGAUGACGAAAUGGAUCACAGCACCCUGUCCAAUUCAACCAAUAGAACGUCAAAAACGACAAGAAAGACAACGAAAUCGAAAGGGAAGAAAGCAAAGUCCAAGAAGGGAGAUCCGGUUGAAGUAAGUAGCCAAGUAGAUAUCGAGAGUAACAAUGGUGAUGUCCCAGAAACAUCCCGGCCGAAGAGAACAACAAGGGGGAGAAAGAGAAAUAGUGAGGCAAUGAACGGUGACGAUGUGCAAAAUGAAAAGGGCGAUGUGGUUGGAUCAGCACCACCUGCUAAACGACGGGCGGCGAGGUCGGAAAAUACUGCGGCGAAUCGUGCUGCGGAAUUGGCACUCGCCGAUGACCAGCCUGUGCAUGUGGAGGAACAACCCCCACGAAAACCACAAAAAUCGAAGCGAGCUUCUUCAACGACACGGAAACAAUCUACAGCUUCCAAAGCCUCCUUAAGAUCAAGGAUUCCCGAUGAUGACGAGAUUGACGCCCAAUUAGAGGCGGACCUCGCCGCGGACAUCGAAGCUGAUGCAAGAGCAGUAUCUGAGCAAUAUCAAGCGCACGAACUCCCCGCGAGGACGAGGUAUGUUUCAACCGUAUCAGUUGCGAACGCUCAGCCGCCGGCACCGACAGUUAUUAGCACAAGCGAUCUUGAAGAGGAGCCGAAUACUCAUACCCAGAAAGCUCAACGAAAAAGGAAUGUGGGCAAGAAGAAGCUCGCAUCAAAGAAAAGUUCUAGCGUUCACAGUGAACAAGAACCUGCCAAGGUAGCGAUUGAUGAAGCUGAGAGUGUUAAACCCAACCCUGGAGCGGAGAUCAUAGACGGUGGCGUAGACGAGAAGAUGGGAAACAAUUUGGAGAUGAAAGAUGCAGUUAUUCCUAAAGGUCAGGAGGACGAGCCCCUUGGAAACUCCCAGCCGAAACCUCCCCGUAGAAAACCUGGACGACCGAAGGGCUCUACCGGCAAUUCGAAGAAGUCAAAGCAGCAACCGCCAAAUGAGAUUGGAGUUCCGGAGGAGGCUGCUCCUACCCCAUCCGAUCUCCACACAUCGCCAAUCCAGAACAAAAUAAGGACUGCUGCUCACAGUAAAGAGCUUAAGAUGACGAGUACAAGCUCCAGUGACAAAGAAACAAAGGUAGACCCAGAAAUCCAAAAGUCGACCAAUCUACCGCGGAAGGUUGCCUUUAGAGCAUCUGGAAAUAUUGAUACUUCAUCAAAAUGGAAUGGUGCCCGGCAACGCUUGAAUAGCCCAGGAAUGUUUGAGCGCGCAUCAGACCGGAUAGUGCAGGCUUCACACAAUCCAAUAUCGCCUAAUGCACGAGUCCAUGAGUCCACGCCGUCGCCAUCACCACAAUCGUCUGACGCAGAAAACCGGCCACCAUCAAGCCGACCAUCUAAUACCCGACCCACCUCAUCUUCUGCUUCCAAGCCUCACACAGCUUUUGUUGUGCCCCUUGCAACAAGCACACCUGCCACUUCACCAUCAAAAAUACAUGCCCAUUCUGGUCAGCUAAUGACUUCCCACCCAUGGAGUCCCGUUGAUCCAGAAGAGAUUUUCCUCCCAGAUUCGAUGAGUAAAGAGAAUGUGAAUAUCAAUGAUAUACUUCACGCUGUUAAAGGGGACCUGACAAGUCUAGAGAAAAAUAUGACCGUGGAAGAAUGGAUUAUGUGGAAUGCGAAGAAUGGGGAAACUAAGUUGAGAAGCGAAUGUGAACGAUUGGUUGGCAUUUUUGAGAGAGAAGGGGGGAAAGCCAUGAUGGCCCUUGAAGGGAUCGAAUGUACUGAAUGAGUUCAAUGAUAAUCAAUUCGACGUUUUUCGGGGCUUAUUGGUUGGCGGAAAUGCUGUGCGAAUUGCUGUCAUACACCGCGUUUUGUUUUCAGUUCAUUUCCAAGCAGAGCGUCAUAGAGCUUUAUUUGUUCUUUUAUUUUCCCCUCCUUUUACCUCGGGACAAAUGUCUCUAUACAUAGCACGGAAAGAUAGGAAACCAUAACGCCGGGGUAUAUAAUAAGUGCGUUCAAGAAAUCCCAGUCCUAGAAGGUGAAAAAGAUACAUACUUUCAUCACUCCAUAUUUAC